GCUGCUCCUCCUACCCCGCCCCACCGGGACCGGCGGCAGCGGGUGCCAAACCGCCCCCCGGGAGCCGCGCUGAGGACGCAGCCAUGCCCAGCGCUGACACUCAGCAGCCGGACCGCCGCCUCGUCCCAUCCCUCUCCAGCGCUGCAAAGAGGACGAGGAUGCCAUGAGAUUUCCCACAGGCCCUCUAUGGCACCUGGCUGUAAGUGAACCGAUCGGAAGGAGGCGAUAACGGACGGCGGAUAAUGACGUGAUGGUUCCGGUUGUAGAACGAGCGCAAGGGGGCUCCGAGCGUCUUUAUUAACCGGUACCGGAGAGGAUUUCACCGGACUAAACACAUUAAAUGUGUGUGGAACCGUUUACGAUACUGGACCAUCCUGUAAAAAAAAAAAAAAAAUUUAAUUUAAAAAAUAAAUAAAUAAGAAACGCUCUCUCAAACAGGUUGCUGAGAUUUCCAUCAAUCUGAAAGGGGGCUUUGCAGCACAGUCAAGGAUGCCAGAUCCCCUAGAUGGGGACUUCUACAGGAGUUCCAGUGAGAGGAGGUUUUGAGACUAACACUCCAUAGGCCGGUCAUGGUUUCCUACCCUUACACACUCCUCCACCUCUGCAUCUCUCGCUGUCUUCUAAUGGUUUGAUGGAGAGCUGGUCGAAUGUCAGCAGGAACUAUUGUUAUAUCCGGAGGAAUUCUCGCCGGAGUGAUACUGCUGUGCAUUGUAGCAGUGCUCUGUUACUGUAGACUCCAGUAUUACUGCUGUAAGAAGAAUGAUUCUGAGGUGGACAUGGGCUCCGUGGUGGGAGCGGACCCUCUCUCUCACUUUCCCUGCAAUGCCUGCAACGCCCUCGCCAUGGACGGCGCGGCUAUCACACCCGUGUCUCUGGAUCAGCUGGACACGGGUUCUCCCCACAACCACUGCCCCACCUGUUCACCGUACUCCCUCCGCUCUGGACUCACAGAUGACAUGCGCAACGGAGGGGAGCGGCUGGGCUUCCACACCUACUAUGAGAACCCGUCUGUCUCUCUCCCGCUGUCUUCCCACCCGCAGGGCUCCUCCCCUCUGAGUUACUGCAAUCCCACGGACAUAUUUCCUCCCCCACCACGCCCCUACAGCACCCAGGUCUGAACUCUGCAGCACCAUAAAGACACACACUCACACAUAUAGAAAACCUUUCAGAAAUACUAACACACACCUGACAACCAACACAUGCCCUGUUGUUUGGGACUACAUUCAGGUGAUGGAUAUUGAUACUGCACAAUUACACACAUGCCCACAUUACUGUACAAGCUCACUUCUGCCACACAUUCCAGAAUCAUUCAUCAUGGGGGUGAGCCAUAAACUGAGCCCACUGACAGGGCCUCUGUGUGGGCAACACGUCCUCGGGCCAAACCAUGGAGGGCUCCAGGCAGCAGCAUAAACCCAGUGUUAGAUCUGCAGGGAAGUGGUAAAUAUUAUAACUCUAGUAUAACCUCAUUUUGUUUAACAUGAGGCCGAGUCACAUGCACAUGCAUGAAAUGUGACUAACUUUAGGUGUGAACACACCUCGGUUGAUGCAUCAUUAAAGCCACUUUUGCAGGUUGUCAAGUACACGUGACCAUGCAUGUAAUAUAGCGUAAACACAAAAGAAUCUCCAGGCACACUUAUUUUGUUGUGUAAGUGCAAAGGAGGCACAUUAUAAGCAAUUCCAAUAAAACACAUUAAUGACUUAUGAUUAUCCAUGAACCAUUCAAAUCUUAUGAAAUACACAUUGCAUAUUCCCCUCCAAAAAGCUACAUUUUAAAAGCCAAGUACUUUUUUUGCACCAUGUGGUUGGAGCCAUGAAUUAAAUAAAUAACUUCCUAAAUAAUUACUUCUGACCUUUUCUGGAUGUAAUUAUGUAAUUGUGUACUAAUCACAAGAAAUAUAGUAAUUUCAUUGAAGGAAAAACCAGUCCAGGUUAUGAUUAAUUGACUAUUCAUUUAUUAUUGGUAACUUUAUUUUCCAUAUGUUGUAUGUUGAAUUGUAUGUUUUCUGUUUACAUGUUUUGCAUGUUCAGCUGAUCUGCUACAAAAACCUCUAGGUUACGCUAGUAAGUUAUAGACUAAAUGAAUUUGUGUAGAAAGUUUAGGUAAAUAGUCACUGUUCUUCCUAAUACUAGCACCAAAUUACAUGGCUCGUUAUUAUGGGCCCUUAUUUUUAUUGCUCCUGCUCCAAAUGCUGUUAUUCACUAAUGAUACUAACAACAUUAGAAAGAGACAGAACCUCAAUUAGAUUAGUUGUUGUUGUACCAUUGUGUAGGAUUUAGUGGCAUCUAGGGGUGAAGUUGCAGAUUGCAACCAACUGAACAUCUCUCCCCCCUCCCUCCUGCCCCCUCCCCCCUCCCUUUACAAGCAUGUAGUAGAAUAUCUACGUUGGCCUUCAGGUAAUGUAAACCUGGAAAGGCUCUCUUUAGACCAAGCGUUGGGUUUGUCCAUUCUGGGCUA